AUGGAGGCUCUAUUAGCCCAUUCGUUCGAUUACCUCUCCUCUUAUGAGCCUAGCAAGAUCCGUAAAGGAUUACGCCAGGUCGAAGGACUCCUCGCACAGAUAUGUUUAUCAAAACCUAAGCCCGUCUUGGACCGGAGAUCGCGCUCCCCCGAUAUCCAGCCCGUCCCAAAGACGUUGCCCGAGUUGCGAGACGAUCCGGCCUUUCGGGAAUUUUCCAAAUUGCAGGAAAGCUUUCAAUGGAAUAUCGCCAUGCGCCUAGUAUCCUGUCUUGAACACCUUCUCGGCCGAGGGAGUAACGGGACAAACGACAUGCUCAUUGUCUGCACACUGGAUUUAAUCCAAGGUGCCCUCCUCCUCCACCGCGGCUCGCGCUCCCUCUUCGCCCGCGAAAUUUACAUGAACCUCCUCCUUGACCUUCUCGACCCCAUCAACUGUCCAGCAGUGCAAUCAGCAACCCUACUAACACUCGUCACCGCCCUACUGGACUGCCCAUCAAACACACGCACAUUCGAGGGCCUCGAUGGCCUCCUCACCGUCACAUCACUUUUCAAACAACGCGCCACCUCCCGCGAAGUCAAGCUCAAGCUUGUCGAGUUCCUCUACUUUUAUCUGAUGCCCGAGGCCUUGACCUCAGCACCGAUGUCUCCACAAGGUCUGCAGCGCAGCCCCAGCAAACGCACCUCAGCGCGUAGUCCGCGCUCUGCUGCGGCAGCAGCGAGUAAAGUGAGUCGUGAUAUACGUACCACGGACGAAAAGCAGAAUCUUCUAGGGAGGUAUCUCAAUAACGUGGAGGACCUCGUGGAGGAUUUGAAGGAGACGGCUCCGUUCGGAGCGACGGUUUACUGA